UUGCAAUGGAAAAUCAAAGUCGUUCUAAGCGUCUCAAGUCGUCAUGGGAUCUCAAAGUUUCUACGCAAAGUUGUUCGUACUCGUUUGCUUGGUGGUCGAGGCCAUACAAAGUGAAGCAGGAGCAGUUAGACCAAAUCCACGUAUCGCUAACGGAAUUACUGCUGCACCGGGUCAAUUUCCAUCUACGGUAUCCGUACGUGUAGGCGGUGCGCAUAGUUGUGGUGGUGCUCUGAUCUCUCAAAAUUUUGUUGUAACUGCAGCACAUUGUGUAGCCAGUAUUCCAGCAUCAUUCCUUUCUGUACAAGCUGGUACUGUUAAUCGCUCGGAAGCGGGUGUUAUUGCUGGUGUAACGAAAGUAAUUCCGCAUCCCGACUACUAUUACGAUAAUGAUAUUGCAUUGCUUGAGUUAGAUACUGCUCUGAACUAUAGCGAUGUCGUACAACCAAUAUCUCUCGGUAGACUUGAAGUACCCUCUGGCGAACAGAUUACUAUUACUGGUUGGGGUCGCACACGAGAUGGCAGUCCACUUUCGGAAGUAUUACAGUACAGCCGCCGUUUGACAGCUUUAAGCAAUGAACAAUGUGCACGUUUAGUCGGUAUCCUUAAUCCGGGCGUACAAUGUAUUUCCAAGGCAGAAGACAAAGGUUUCUGCGAUGGCGAUGAUGGUGGUCCGGCUAUAUAUAAAGGCGUUCUAAUUGGCGUCGCAAGUUAUUAUACCGACGGCUGUGGCUCUACUAGACCAGAUGGCUUUACCAAGAUAUCAUAUUACAGGAGUUGGUUACAAGAAACAAUUACUCCAACUGCUCCAGUGAACACCAACGUGGUCGGUGUAUAAACUGUAUAAACUGUUUAUAAACAAAAUAAAGCACAACUGUAAUUCAAGCAUUUAAA